UUUAUCCAUUCUACCAAGUUCAAGUAAUAUUUCUAUAUAACUACACAUAUCUUAUAAAAUGCAAUCAAAAGAAUUGAAUAUCGUAUAAGUCAGAAAUUUGUACAAACGAGAUAAACACACGUAUAUUUCGAUUUGCUGUAUAACCUUUGAAAAUUUAUAAAGAACAAUUUUUAAUGAUCGUUAAUAUGCGACGUUUCAUCGAAAAAUUAUUACAUCAAAUAAAUUUGUAUUUACCGUAUAGCAAACCGUCGAUCGUAGAAUCUUUAUAGGUAUGCCCUUUCAUUUGUCCGAAUUUCCUUUACCGCGAAAUUUAUUCUUAUGUUAUUUUCAACAUGUUUCUUAUUAUAAACAUUAUAUCGAUAAAUCCAUUAAGUUCUUAUACAUUAUCGAUAUUGUGAAAACAGAAUGUGUAUUUACAAAUAAGAUUUAAAAGAAAGAAUAAUAUAACUGAAUAUAAGAAUAUUUGCCGCUAGAGAGCGCUGGAGAGUCAUUAGACAUCUGUGGAUCAUGGAGGAAUGGCGGAAAUCACAGAGAUUAGGUUAGAAUUUCAAUAUUCUUCGUGCGAUUUAGAUCUGUAAGUACAAUAAAAAUUUAUCGAUGUGUAAGUCUCGUAUAAAAUGAUUGUGUUUAGUGCCGUGUAUAUGUGAAAUAUAUAAUAAUAAAAAUGAAAGGGAUUACUAAGUUAUUUCAUGUCUCGUCGAAACAAUGUUUAAAUAAAUAUGUACGACUAUGGAAGAUCGUCAAUACUCAUAACAUUUAUACUUAUCGUAAACUAAGUACUACUGCAUCUAACGUCGAUAACUUUAGUGAUAAUAAAAAAGAAAAAAUAAAAUAUUUACCCAAAGAUGGGUUAUCUCUUCGAGACUUUUUGAUAGAAACCAAUGAACAGAGCGACAAUGUUUCUGAUAUUCCUACCGUAGAAAAUAUUCCAUACAUUCAGAAUAUACAUGGCCAAAAUCAGAAAGUCUUUUUUGAAAUUCACGGUUGUGCAAUGAAUGUCAACGAUACAGAGGUAAUAUGGUCUAUAUUAAAAAAUCAUGGUUAUCAACUUACAAAUGAUAUCAAAAAUGCUGAUAUUGUGCUAUUAGUUACUUGCGCUAUUAGAGAUGGCGCGGAACAAAAAAUAUGGAAUAAGUUAUUUCAUUUAAGUCAUAUGAAACAAAAAAGAAAAGGAAAAAUUCCUUUAAAAAUUGGAUUAUUAGGAUGUAUGGCCGAACGUUUAAAACAUAAAAUAUUGGAUAAAGAACAUACGGUAGAUGUGAUUGCUGGUCCGGAUAGUUACAAAGAUUUACCAAGACUUUUAGCACAAACUGACAAAGAAACUGCUAUUAACGUUUUACUAUCGCUCGAUGAGACGUAUGCAGAUAUCUUGCCUGUUAGACUUGAUUCAAAUUCUGUCAGUGCGUUUGUUUCCAUUAUGCGAGGAUGUGACAAUAUGUGUACAUAUUGUAUAGUACCGUUUACAAGGGGAAGGGAAAGAUCAAGACCGAUUGAUAGUAUUGUUAAUGAAAUUCGGCAUUUAUCGGACGAGGGUAUAAAGGAAGUUAUUCUUUUAGGACAGAAUGUAAAUAGUUACAGAGAUUUGUCACAGUCAGAUUUUUAUACAUCUUCAAAUACGGAAACUAAUCUUGCUAAAGGAUUUAAAACAGUAUAUAAAAAUAAAAAGGGUGGAUUAAGAUUCAGUGACUUGUUAGAUAAGAUAUCGCUAAUUAAUCCAGAAAUGAGAAUAAGAUUUACGUCACCGCAUCCAAAAGAUUUUCCCGACGAAGUACUCGAAUUAAUAGCAGAAAGGCCAAAUAUUUCUAAGCAGAUUCAUUUACCUGCUCAAAGUGGUAAUUCCGCUGUGUUAGAAAGAAUGAGACGUGGAUAUACAAGGGAGGCAUAUAUAGAUCUUGUACAUCGUAUACGUGAUAUUCUUCCGGAAGUCGCUUUAUCCAGUGAUUUUAUUGCUGGUUUUUGUGGGGAGACUGAGGAAGAAUUUCAGGAUACCUUAUCAUUGAUCAAAUUAGUCAAAUAUAAUACUGCCUUUCUAUUUGCAUAUAGUAUGAGAGAGAAAACGACAGCAUAUCGUCGAUACAAAGAUGACGUCGAAGCAAACGUUAAAGCAGAUAGACUCCAAAGAAUGAUAGCAUUGUACAGAAAAGAGGCAGAAAAGUUAAAUAGUACAUAUAUAGGUCAAAAACAGCUUGUACUCGUGGAAGGUGUGAGUAGGAAGUGUGAUCAGAAAUUUCAAGGAAGAAAUGAUAAAAAUACAAGAGUUUUACUUCCUUGUGCCACUAUACCUAUCAGUGAGCAUUCAACUACCACAAGAAAAAUACAAGCUGGUGAUUACGUAGUCGUGAAAAUUUACAAAUCUAAUUCAAUGACGUUAAUGGGAGAUCCUCUUUAUCACUCUUCCAUCUCUGACUUCACUUCUGAUACUGAAAGAAUAAAGCAUCAGUAUACUCUUUAAUGUGUAACAGUAGACACAUUGUACCAAUUAUUAGGAGCAUAAAAAAUAUAAUGUCAUGAUAUAAAA